AUUCGGUGCAUUCCCCACCAUUACUAGGAUAACGCCAAAUGGUCACUGCUGACCGUUAGCUUAUGGCGGCUCUAGAGCUGCCUAGGCUAGGCUUGAUCGUAUCAUAUAAUCGGCCUCAUCAUGUUCACAUGCCUAUCCCCUGGAGUCCCUAGGUUGGUCAGGGGGAACAUCGUCAUCUAGUAGCCAGGGCCCCAGGAAACCCUCAAGUUUUCCCUUCUUCACUAUUUUCACUCAAUACUUCCAAACAACUCAAAUUCAUAUCAUCCGAUAGGAUGGCAACACAAGCGGCCGAGUCCACCGGGCCGACUUCCACGAACAGCGCAUCGGAGAAGCUCGCUCAGCGCGCGCCAGCUUCCGGUGUGAACUUUCCGUGGAGCAACAAAGAUGGCAUUUGGCGUCGUCAAUUGGGCUCUAUGGAGUCUUUCUACCAGAGCUUGGCGUCUCCCGAAGGCUACCCGGUUCACUGGAUGAUCGGCUGCAGCGUGACACUUCAGAACCAAGACGAGAGCAUUGACAAGGAAAACUCCAUCCGCAGAGCUUGGAAGAUCGUAGCGAAGGACUUUCCCUGCGUUGGCGCUGUUGUGGAUUCAGCUUCGCGAGAGAUUGUAGUUCGCGAAGAUGCCAUCACAGACGAAUGGCUGCAAAAGAGCUUCCUGGUUCAUGACGGAACAACCGCCGAUGAUCUCUUCUCUGCAUUCAGGAGCCAGUUUCAUAUCACACUACAUUACAUUCGGGAUACGAACCAGCUUCUCCUUCAGUCGCCUCACACCCUUAUCGACGGGCGCGGAAUGUUGUAUCUGUAUCACGCCCUGUUCACGACCCUGACAGCUCUGCCGGAUGGCAACUAUCAGACGCAACACGAGAUAUCUGCGGCACCAAAUCUUUCUAAGCCGUACGAUGACUGGUUGGGAGUCUCGGCUACCCCAUCAGAGAAAAGCUUUGCCGAUGCGCAGUCCAUCUUCCAGCGUGUUUUGCAACAAGAGAAACCUAUUCGACUACCUGGAGUUGACUUCACAACUACUCCCCAAAGGCCAGUCCACCGAGAUCUCGAGGUAGACGAGAAGACAACCUCCACAAUCAUCAGUGCGUGCAAGGAAAAGGGGGUCAGUGUCACUUCAGCUUGGCACGCCGCGCUUGCUUUGACGACGCAGAAACUCCAGUCGGAAGCUGGUGAAGACGGUUCAUCCUACGUUCAGUUCACUACCAUUGACCUGCGUCGCUAUUUCCCCUCCUCUUUCGUCCCACACAAGCACUCGAUCGGGUCGCUUCAAACCGCCUUGCCUCUCGCAGCGGACCUCGGCAAGGACAGCACUUUUGAUGAUCUCAGCAAGUCCUUACACCAGCAGUACAAGGCGCCUUUUGCUUUCGCCGACAACGAUUUUGGGUACCUGACCCCUUACAUGGCCAUGUCACGACAGAUCCUUGAGAGCGGCGGCGUGCCACCGAGCAGCACGCCGUCUUUGUCUAGCAUGGGAGUUGUUGACGAUUAUCUGCAACGCCAGUAUGGAGCUUGGGAGGUGUCCAACUUUUGGGUGAGCUCCACGAUGAUGACUGGCGAUUUCCAGAUGUAUCUGUGGACUUUCCGGGGAAAGCUCACUUUCAGUGUGUGCUAUAACGAAGCUUUUUACGAUGCGGCACAAGUUGAUCGCAUUAUGGAAAACACCAGGGACGAAUUGAUUCGAGGUACGGGUCAGUCAUAGAUGGUCAUUUGUAUUUGAGGUGCUGUAAUUCUUCGAGAGAACAUCACUAAUUCGUGCUUCGCCAUGAUAUGUGAUGAGUAAUACGUUUCCUGUGGUCCCACACUAGCUUAUCGUGCACCGACAUAUUCAAUUGGUUGUCCGCAUCCGACACUCCGCAGAUAACAGGAAACAGGGAUCCAAAAUCGUUUUAGGGAAUUUUUCGAUUCCUACCAAUGAGAAUGGUCUAUGAGAUGGAAGGAUUAUGUUGGUUGUGAGGAGAGACGCGUGAUGAAAACAAGGUCGAGGACAAAGGGUGAGUGAGAUAGGCGUAUUCACGAAGCCUCUAGCCGGGAUUCUGGGCAAGUGCUCCCAUCGAAAACCGUGUAGGAAACCUUUCUCAUUUUGAUUCCCUGGAGACAAAACAAUGGUAGCCAAAGUUCACUUGUGACUGGAUCGAUGUGACCAACAGACCGUAUCGGC